UGCUCCGAAAGACUUCUGAAUAUGGAAGGACCCUUGAGGCCAAGACUGGUUAACUGCAGUGACUUUCAGUUUGGAGUGGUUGGCACAGAGACCAUCGAAAACGCUCUGCUUCACUUGGCCCAGCAGAAUGAGCAAGCCGUGAAGGAGGCUGCGGGACGGACGGGGAGCUUCAGGGAGACCCGGAUCGUGGAGUUUGUUUUUCUCCUGUCUGAACAAUGGUGUCUGGAGAAAUCGGUGAGCUACCAGGCUGUAGAAAUCCUAGAAAGGUUCAUGGUGAAGCAGGCAGAGAACAUCUGUUGGCAAGCCACACUCCAGCUGAGAAGUAAUGAGACUGGGUUGCAAAACUGGAGGGCUCUGAAAGAGCAGCUUUGCGACAAGUUCAUCCUCCGUUUGGUGUCGUGUGUUCAGCUGGCCAGCAAACUGUCUUUCCACUACAAAAUUGUCAGCAACAUUACAGUCCUGAAUUUCCUCCAGGCUCUUGGUUAUGUAUACACCAAAGAAGAACUGCUGGAAUCAGAACUUGAUAUUUUGAAGUCCCUGAACUUCCAAAUAAAUCUGCCCACUCCGCUGGCAUAUGUGGAGAUGCUCCUUGAAGUUCUAGGGUACAAUGGCUGUUUGGUCCCUGCCACACAACUACAUGCAACUUGUCUGACCCUCCUUGACCUGGUCUAUCUUCUGCAUGAACCCAUCUAUGAGAGCCUAUUGAGAGCGUCAAUUGAGAAUUCUACACCCAGUCAGCUGCAGGGGGAAAAGUUUAUCUCUGUGAAGGAAGACUUUAUGCUGUUGGCAGUUGGAAUCAUUGCAGCGAGUGCCUUCAUCCAAAACCAUGAAUGCUGGAGCCAGGUUAUAGGGCAUCUGCAGAGUAUCACUGGCAUUGCCUCGGAAAGCAUUGCUGAGUUCUCUUAUGCAAUCCUGACUCACAGCGUGGGAGCAAACACUCCUGGGCAACAGCAGCCUGUUCCCCACAAGGCAGGCAGGGCGCUGAGGCCUGCUGCUUCCUCUAACACGUGAGGCUGGCUGACCUACACCGCCUUCUGUCACUGGACCCCCUUUCCUUGUUUACUUUCAAACUCAGGGUACAAAAAUUCCAAGUUUCCUUUGAACAGUGUUUUAUAUUCCAAUUUCAAGCAUGUUAUUUUUUUCCACAUCAGAGAUAGUGAUGGGAGACAAACAUAUCUGUUGUGUCAUGGCAGGCUAAAAAACAUCAAAGAA